CAAGACCUAAAGCUAAAAUUUUACAGUCCGCAUGUGUUUGUGGGUGACGCCUACUGUAUAUACGUGAGGAAGAUUGGUAGGGAUGGGGGAUUAGCGCCAGGCAAAAGAUUAAGCAAAUUAGCUGCGAUGGUGUGCGUCCAAAAUAAGCAGUUACCAUUGAAGCGACCCAAGCAAAAGUCGGGAUGUAGAACACGGGUGGUUUUUAGAAUUUCGCCGAAAAGGGAAAAAUAACAGUCCUGAGUUUCAGAAUGACGACUUAGUAGACCAUCAGAGAUGAACGAGUCGGGCCUACGCAGGGUCCCCCCAGACCAGUCAUCGGGGAGUCUGCGCACCUUUGGCACCCCUCGCUAUGCGAGCGUCACCAACCCCAUUCCGUCCAAGCGCGUGUGCUUCUACAAGAGUGGCGAUCCUCAGUUCAGCGGCCUGCGCAUGGUGGUCAACAACCGCACCUUCAAAACGUUUGACGCCCUCUUGGACAGUCUGUCCAAGAAGGUACCCCUUGCGUUUGGGGUAAGGAACAUCACCACGCCCCGAGGAGUGCAUGCCAUCAACACGCUGGAUGAGCUAGAGGACGGCAAGUCCUACAUAUGCUCCGACAGCCGGAAAGUGAAGCCCAUCAACCUAGCGCUUGCCAGGAAGAAGCUGGCGCCUUGGUACCACGCCAGGCCUGUGAGCUCUCGCCGCCGGACCUUGCAGCGAGCCAGGGGCUUACCCGGGCAGCAGGAACCCGUGCUUGUGCAAACGCCAAAGAGACUUGUGGUCUUUCGGAAUGGAGAACCUUCAAACAAACACACAGUGGUGCUCCAAAAAAGAACCGCCACGACGUUUGAGUGGAUUCUGGAAUAUAUUUCAGAGUUGCUGCAGUUCCCCGUAGUGAAGCUUCAUACUGCUGACGGCAGACGCGUGGAAGGACUCCCAAGCUUGAUGUUGUGCUCUGGAGUGGUGGUAGCCGCAGGCAAAGAGCCAUUCAAGCAGGCAAACUACAACACCCAGAAGUCACCAGGGUCUAUGAGGCCAUCCGCCAACAGAAUGAGCAUCAGGAGACUGAAGGCUCUAAACCGAAAAAAGAAGUCACCAUCUUACGGCUCCAGAAAGUCCAGAAAUUUCUCCACAUCUUCAGAGCGCUACAUCGUGAAUAAGAUUCACAAUUCACUCAUGGAAAGCUCAUGCGACCUGCCAAGCCCCCCCACCAACUCAGUGGAGUACGAGUCUGGACAUGUCGUCGCCGAAACAGAGGGGGAGGAUCAGGAGUGUGUGCUGCCUGAUGAGGACGACAUUGAAAAGUCUUUCAGAGUCAACCAGGAUGGCAGCAUGACAGUGGAAAUGAGGGUGCGCUUGACUGUUAAGGAGGAGGAGACCCUCCAUUGGACGACAACCCUGACCCGUUCGAGCAUGUCUAGUCAGCUUAACAUGGCUGGUUUGACUGAGCCCGAGUCUGAGCAGGAAGUCUGUGCUGCCACACCGGACUUAACAGAUCCCAUCUCCUCCAACGACACCAUCAACAAGGAUGAAAACAAAGAUGACCAUGACGAGGACCCACCCUCGCUAGGCAACGGGGUUUUAAGUCAAAGCAGCUACGAAGAAGACAUAGUCAAAAUCCAGGCGACAUCUCCAAACAGAGCACCAACACCGGGACAUAAACAAAUCACAAAGAAGCAAGCUUCAUUUGAAAGCAUUAGAUCCACUGGAUCUUACUCUUACAGGGAAGAGACAGAAAACGGAGCCUUGAUGGAGCAGUACUGUGUUGUCAAGCAGACCAGCACCAGACCGAUUCCCAAACCUAGAAGGCUCAGCUCUAUGGACGCUAAUAGCAUGAACAACACAAAUGUGUCAUUAUGUAAAUUGUCAGAAAUCAUGCACGCGGAAUCCAGCGGGGAGGAGAUCACAGAAACUGUUUUGCAUAUCUAUGAACAGCAAUCUUGCCAGGAUAAUUACAAUGCAAAUGUAGGUUCUUUUAAUAGGCCAGGUACUUCAGAAACUGGACAUCUACGCACAAAUGAGGACCAUGAACACGAGUCCUGGGGACCCUCGACAGCCUCUGAGUCUGUAAGCAUCUGGAAGGCAAGGAACAAGUCAGUAACAUUAGACUUUCCUUCUUCUAAACAUAGCACAGUAAAAGCAAGGCAACCGGUAGACAAAUACACCAAAGGCAAAGAAUAUCAAAUACGACCAAAGUCAAGAAGAAAGGUCAAAGUGACCAACAAAGGCAUUAGACGUCUUCUAUCACCUGGUAAACGGCAGAGAGAAAAAGUAGAUGCAAAGAAACGCAAGAAAGCAACCUCUUUCUCUAGUGCAGGGUUCAUCAGGAAGAUUUAUGGGAAUAAAUUACAAGCAGCAAAAAGCCCGAAGAAGCUCAAGAGGAGAACGACCAAAAGCGUGGAAGGGAACACUACAGCAAAGAUCCAAAAAACAUUAACCAAAAGCCAACAAAAACGACUGCAGAAUCCAAAAGUAGGCAAGGAACAGGGAGCGCCAACACGGCAGACGACAGUGCAUCGAGACGAGAAUCAUGACGUCAGCAAGCAAAUGUCGCUGCCUGCUUUUGACUCUUCCAGCUCUGUUGCUAAUGAAUAUGUCCAGAACUGGUUGAAGAAAUCACAUCCAAACCAAACUACUGGCUUCCAAACAAAGGCCAACAGCACAGAAAAUGGUCUUCUUCCCACCGAUGAGAAAGUGAGAGAAUUAAACAUACAAAUGUUGCCUGACGAUGUACGGACAACUUCUGUAAGAUAUAGGAUCCAGUCUUUAGAGAACAAUAUGGCUUCACUAAGCCAUCAGAUUAGUGGGGAAGCGGUAAAAGACCACACUAAAACCAAACGUGAAACUCCACCUGGCAGUAACACUGAAAACCAGGCGGGACUCCAAGAACCUUCUAAUGUUCUUUCAAUGGAUCUACCUCUACCUCAUCCACCCCAAGACGAAAUGAUGGAAGAAGCAAUUCCCAGUGAUCACGUGGCCUGCAACCAAAGGUGCGUGCAGGCAGCAGGAAGCAGUCAAACACUGGAUAAUCACCCGCCAUCUGCUGAGGCUUUACCGCAUGCCCAGCAUGUCAUGAAAAUGGCUCAACUGCUGGAGGCAGAGGUUCCAAAAGAGGAAGAAACACUAUCAAGAUCUACCUCUAUCAAGAGGGUGCCUUUGGUCAGCAAUGUGUCUCUGGAAAGGAAAAUGUCACUAAGAAAGUCUUGUAUGGAUCAAUUUACGGUAAGUAACAAUGAAGAAAAACAGCCUUCACUCUUAGAUCCAAAGAGCAGCUCUUCAGUUUCUCCAAAUAGUCUCUCAGAAGAGAGACUUUCAUCAGUCAGUAUGCUGUCAAGUGAUGUUCCAACUCCUCCAAAUAAUCAGCCAUUAUUCAACCCAAAGGCGGCAUCAUCACCAAAAAUUAUGCAUAGUCCACAAUCAAAACCCAAAAAUGCAGUUUCUGAACUUCCCAAAAGGUCCAAGUCGUUACAACGACCUCCUACAGUCAAGAAAACGUCACCAAAUAUCAGCCCCUCACUAAAGAAAAGACAAACACUAUCCAAAUCCUAUCAAAGCAAACAGACCACACAUUCCAAAUCAAUGGAUUUGGCAUCGCCACCUUCCAGACGCAAGUCCAAAAGAAAAAUGCUCUCCAAGCACUUAUCAUCAGAUUCAGAGGCUGCAGAUAUAAGGAAAACACCGUCCCAGAGAAAGCAGUUGAACACUCUCCAGCCCAUAAAACAGAUAUUUUCUGGUGAAACUACUAAUAAAACUGAUGAGCUCCAAAAGCCAGAUCAAGAGAAAUACACAUACGACACAAAAUUAACAGCACAUUUGCCAAACAUCACCAACCAGCCAAACCCGCAGCACGUCUUUGAGAACAUUUACUACUCCAUCAAGUCUAUCCGGGAAAUUACUCAACGCAAACGUCUGUCAUGCUUGGAUAAGUCCAACAGCGUUCCAGAUUUGUCUUUCCAUGUGGCAUCUACGUUCGGUUCCUCGUCCAAAGUCCUCCUGGCGUUCUUGUCCAUCGUGGCCUUGAAGGAGGGCAUCACCAACCUCAAUGUUGAUCAGUUGAGAAUAAAUGAGGUGAGCUGCGCUGAGGCUUUGAGAAUGAUUGACUCACUGAGAGAAAUUGCUAACAUGAAGAAUUCCCAGCACUUGAAAGAGAGGGUGUCAGCGUUACGAGAGUCAGCCUCAUGGCAGCUCCUCAGCAGCUGGCAGGGCUUCCAAAAUCCUGGAGGCAUAUAUCGAGAGGAACAGGCCAUUGAUGACCUCAUUGAAGGGCUUGACAUACCCGAGAACCUUAAAGUUGAACUCAUGUCUCUCUCAGCUGGCUCAUUUGGCACGAGUCAAGAGAAGCUGAAGGGUAAUUCUGAAGAAUGCAGUUUUGGGAUGGAAGAACAAAACUAUGAGUUGGCACAAGAUCAUAACGAUGGGCAGAAAAUUAAUUUGGAACACAUCUCUCAGUCUGCCAUCAUUCAUGAGGAUGAUCCACAUGGUCAAGAUUACUAUGUGGAACUGAAUCGCUGCAGGAAGUCAGGUCCGGAAAAUGACCAAAAAAUGGCUGAAAGCAAAGAACAGGAUCUGGAUGAAGCUCAGCCAGAGGUUGAAGACAAGGGAUUGAAGAAUAUUCCAAAAGAACUUCAACCUGGCUGCAAUGAAGAGGAGAAUGAUGAAGAACACGUACACACAAUGCAGGGCAAAGAAGGGGAUGACUCCAAUCCACAGAAAGGACAUCCUCAGUCUUAUGGUGACAGUGGCAACGAGCAGAGUGCUUGUGAAGACCAUGCAGAGUCAUUGGCGCUUGAAUACGAGCAAAUUCCAAGCUCCGGUGACGAAGAUUUGAGCUUUUACGAUAAAGCAUCAGGCUCGGAGGAAGAACACGCUAUGACAGAAACAAAAUGUGACAAACUAGAAGUUGCCAAAGAUUACUCUGAUGAAGAGACCCCGCAGCCUGUUGCAGUAAGAGUGAGUCUUCUGGAAAAGCAGGUUGCUGAUGCCCAGAAGACAAGUUAUACCAAGGAACAUCCCAAAAAGUUCUCGCUUGUGUCUGAUAACUCAACAGAAACAUUUCAGCAGUGCACCCGAUCUGCCCCACAGUCAUCACUAUCAUUUAGCUACGACUCCAGUGGUGUGGUGACCCUGGAACCUGAAUGUAACAGGGUCAAGUACAUCCGGGAAAUGUUCCUGGCAAAGAGUUCUGCAGAAAAUGCAAAGCAGGGCCUAUCGUCCGAAAUGUCAGACAGUGGUGGCUAUCAGACGCGAACGUCCAGCGAGCAGUCAAGCGGUGAAGAUGAUCCUGUCAGGAAGUCCAUCAGCAAAGGCUUCGUGAGAAGAACAAUUGAAAGGCUUUACGGGAAGAGCAAAGCCAUUGAGAGACCCCCGUCUGCUCCCAGAACCAAAAAGAAGUACUCCAGUAUUUUCUCGCCCUUUCACACUGUCCGAUACAAAGCAGGGUCAGAGUUGUCUUUCUUCAACUCAGCCAACGCUCUGGACACCCUCACCGAGGCCACCCGCUGUAUCGCUUUCAAUGCACAAGUCGGGCCUGGUGACAGUGUUCCCAUCGAUGAGGGUCGAUGGCUAAUUAGGGAGAACGCACUGAUCCGGAAAUCAGUUUCUGAUCCAACUGGAAUCAACAAAAAUUUGAUCAACACUGUCCAAAAUGAAGAUGGCUAUGAGGACACACUUGAAGACACACCCUACUCCCUUUUCAGCACCACAUCUGAGCCAGAGGACCCUAAAAAGUCAAAAAUAUGUACCUAUUUCUCCUUGCCACACACUAGUGACUCAGAGUUAUGUCAGGACGAACUGAACAUGCCAGAAGCAAAACUGGAGAUUGCCUCCAAAACGAAGCCAGAGAGGAACGGCUCUGUUGUUGGGAUGCUGGACAACAAGGUGCAUCCAUUGGUGGAGAGCCCAGCAGAUGGAGAGUCUGUGGUGGUAUCACAACCCAAAAAAGGACAUGGUGCAGUGACACGAAGCCUUCAGGAACCUGAUGUGUUGGAUGUGUUGUAUAACUUCUGUGGCGAAAACUGUCCCAUCUUGUGAAGGGAUAGCCCAUAAAUGUUUGGUGCCUACUUUUUCCCCAUGUUGCCAUAGCCUUGGCAUGAACAAUCAAUUCAUUUUGAUGUUAGGUUUGUCCACUAGGGGUGCAAUGGUACAUGGAUUUUCAAUAUAAUGCCAAGUUCCCACACUGAACAUAGUAGCUGCUUGCAGUUUAAAUUUCUGAAAGUUUCCUGUUUACAUGAUUAGGAAUUAGCUCUUUCACUGUACAAAGUUUUAACAAGGUAACCACCGAAACCAUGAUUUUUCUACUUACCGUUACACCCCUACUGUCAACAUUCAGAGCUUCCACAACUACUCAUGUAAAUAUAGGUGUGUGUUUUGAUCUUUUUCUGCUCACGGUUUUUGUCCAUCAACAGAACAGAAGCUCUCGGAAGAAUUAGCGUAAUCUGGUUUUAAAGCUCUUAGGAGAGAUCAAGUCCUAGCAGAUGUCAGAUAACAGGUGAGGUGGAGCAGCUAUCAUUUGACCUAAGGUUUAGGUCAGACUGUACAGUAUAUUUUUUUGUACUUUGUAAAGCAUGUAUACGCAUACAGAUUUUUGACAUCUUAACUGAUAUUUAUCAGUAUGUUUGUACCUUGUUAAAGUGUUAUUAGAUGUUAUGUGUAACUAAAAUUGUGUUCUCAAGAGAGCAGUCUAAAUGUUUGACAAAGUGGCAGCUGUGACAAAUUUGUGUCUUUAAACUCUGGUGAGGAAUUAAAAAGUGUAAUUUUCCCUGUGUUUCAUUUACAACAGCACUGUCACUCCUACACACAAAUAAUCAAGAUGGUUGUUUUUAGUACCGACCUGAUCGCUAUCACAUUUCCCAGCUUGAGGAAGCUUUUGUGUUGAUCCAAGCUUGUUUUCGCGAGCGGCCCGUGUUGUGACAGGAGCAUUGAGGAAUGUACUAAAAGAAAAGCAAAACACACCAGUUAUAACUUACUUAAAUGCUUGAAAUACUUCAAGAAAUUAGAUACUUACCCCACAGGCAACUAGGUGUCGCUGCUCAAUGUCCCUGCUAAGAGAAAGUGAGCAGGCAAAGGCAGUAAUGCUUUUACAGUUUAUUAUUUAAAUAAAUAUUUACAUUUUUUGUAUGAACCAAAAGUAUGCACAAAGUCAUGAGAGGGAGGGAGAGGAAAAAAGAGCCUUUAAGACCUUCCACAUUGUUUAUUAUAAAUGUUAUAGUACGCAUUAUCUACAAGACCAUUUGAUAUAGUACAGUGUAAGUUGAUAGGAAGAUAAUGUGCACUAAUAACUAUGUAAAAAUAAAAUGAAAACAAAAUAUGUCACACUGUUAAAUUCAGGCGUAACAACAAAGCAAAUUGGACAGACUGUAUGAAAAAAAAUAAUUCUUACAGUAUAGGUUACAAUGCCCUGCCGCUUUAAUGGCGAACAGUUAAUGGCUCAGCUUGGGAAAAACAGGCAAAAAGGUGAUUUAUAAAAAAAAAAAUACUGAACAAAAAAAAUGCCCAAGCUUCAGUUCUAAACAUUUCCUCAGAUGAGAACAAGUUGAUCUGAAAUUGCCGCAGUUAUUUGAAAUGUGAGAAAACGUGAUGGCGGGAAUAAAAGGGUAAAUGGGAUUAAAAAAUACAUAUAUAUAAUAAGAGUAUUUGGGCCGCAGUGAAAAUUUGAUUUACAAAAAAAAACACUACAAGAUCAAAAUUUGAGCUAAAUGAGCUAGUUGUAAAGAUACAGAUUAAGAUUAAAGUCUUAAAACAGUGGAAUAUUUUUCAGAUAAAUCAAAUAUUCUCCAGAUUAAGGUCAUAGAACAACAAAGAAGCUACGUUUUUCAAGAAAACAAAUAGUAUAUUUGAGAAGUACAAUUUUGAGACUUUAGUUGUAGUACCAGAGCAAAGCCAUAUAUUUUCCCAAAAAAAGUUGGGCAUUAAGAUUUUUUGUUUUAGCUAAAAAAAAAAAAAAAAAUCAGAUUUUUCUUUUUUUUCUCUCUCAUUUUUUCUGAUUCCCAAAAUGUUCUUGUAGUGUAAUUAUUUCUUCUUUUCAGGGUGGCCACAAACCUCGGGGGGUUCCACUAAAUGUGCCUUCCAAAUAAAUCUGAUUUGUGUAUGUCAAAAGUGAAUUUGUUCAUCCUGAGUUUGGAACCAAGGUAUUUUUUGUGGGGAAGAAAAGAGGUCCAUCAGACAUCAUUUGGCGAGGGGGAGUCCACUCCUGGCGUCGCCCUUACCUCCGGGGUCAACCGUCAUACAGAGUCAGUUUUGGUCGGUUGUGGGUGUGUCCCACUGACAAAAUUGUACACCAAAAACUGUGAGGUGCCAAAGUAAUGCGUGGCAAAAAGUUUUCCGUCAGGCGUUGGGUCUGAGAAGGCGAUCUCAUCUUUGCUCAGGUAGGAACCGAAGAUGAAGUUGUUUCUGUUGAAAGAAUACGAUAAAUGGUUGAUUUGACUGACGACUAAACGGCAACGAGUCCGUACUGACCUGAGGCACUCGACCAAACGCGAGGCGAUGGCUUGUCGUCUCAUCAUGCUCACCACCCAAAUUCGGCUGAUACCGCAGAGUGCUGGUUCGGCCGUGGUGGAGCAACACCAAGCCCUCUGGCGUUCAAACAACACCUUCUCCCGCUCAGAGCCUUCAGGUUCCGGUUCCUCGAUCACCCUGUAGCCCUGUGAAAUGCACCAAUGUGGUCCAGUGUCAGAUGUUUGUUGAGCAAAGAAAAGCAUCGUAAUGUUUUGGUGGGUUAACCUCAUUUAUGUGCUCUGCUAUGAGGCAACCUGCAACCUUCUUGUCGUUGGUGAUGAAGAGGAACGUUUUAGUCAGCGAAGGACACUUUGUCCCCACCUGCUGGAAGCCAAGAUCAUUGUCGACCAUCUCACGGAUCUCCUCAACCUGAUACAUUUGACAAAUAGCAUGUAGUCUAGUUAAAACUGUAAUGUGAAGUAAUUUCAUAACAUGCCAAAUAGGGUCACAAUUAAAGUAAUUAAACAUUGUCCAACAAAUAAAGCAUGAAAAAAAUAAUUUAUAUGUUGUAUAUUUUUACAAAAUAAUCGCGUUUCCGAAG